UGUCGAGAGGGGCCGGGAAGGGAGCCUUUCCAUGGGCCAUCUGUCUCCCCGCCAGCCGCCGCCCCACCGCCGCCCGCGCCCCGCGCUCCGCCUCCCGCCCCGGCGGCUCCCGCAGCCCCGCCGCCGUCCGCGCCCGCGCCCCGGAGCCGCGCCACAAAGGGCCCGCGCGCAGCCGCCGCCGCCGCCGCGCGAGGAGCCAGGAUGGUCCUGGUCCACGUCGGUUAUCUCGUGCUUCCAGUGUUUGGCUCUGUGCGAAACAGAGGUGCCCCCUUUCAAAGGUCUCAGCAUCCUCACGCUACCUCCUGCCGCCACUUCCACCUGGGCCCGCAGCCACAGCAGCUCGCCCCAGACUUCCCACUGGCCCACCCCGUACAGUCGCAGCCGGGCCUCAGCGCCCACAUGGCCCCGGCCCACCAGCACAGCGGCGCCCUGCACCAGUCGCUGACCCCGCUGCCCACCCUGCAGUUCCAGGACGUCACAGGUCCCUCCUUCCUACCUCAGGCCCUGCACCAGCAAUACCUCCUGCAGCAGCAGCUCCUGGAAGCCCAGCACCGCAGGCUCGUCUCGCACCCCAGGCGGAGUCAGGAGCGUGUGUCUGUCCACCCCCACCGCCUCCACCCCAGCUUCGACUUUGGCCAUCAACUGCAGACACCUCAGCCCAGGUAUUUGGCUGAGGGCACUGACUGGGAUCUCAGUGUGGAUGCUGGCUUGAGUCCUGCUCAGUUCCAGGUGCGGCCCAUUCCUCAGCACUAUCAGCAUUACCUAGCAACUCCUCGAAUGCACCACUUUCCCAGAAACUCCUCCUCCACGCAGAUGGUUGUCCAUGAAAUCCGAAACUACCCUUACCCUCAGCUUCACUUCCUUGCUCUCCAGGGACUAAAUCCCAGCAGACACACCUCUGCUGUGAGGGAGAGCUAUGAGGAGCUUCUGCAGCUGGAGGACAGGUUGGGAAACGUCACUAGGGGAGCUGUACAGAACACCAUUGAGAGGUUCACCUUCCCCCACAAGUACAAGAAGCGAAGACCCCAGGACAGCAAGGGCAAGAAGGACGAGGGGGAAGAGUCAGACACAGAUGAGAAAUGCACAAUUUGUCUGUCUAUGCUUGAAGAUGGAGAAGAUGUGAGACGCCUGCCCUGUAUGCAUCUCUUUCACCAAUUAUGUGUGGACCAGUGGCUCGCCAUGAGCAAGAAAUGCCCCAUCUGCCGAGUGGACAUUGAGACACAACUGGGAGCUGACAGCUGAGGGGAGAAUUAGCCAGUGGACGUCCCAUUUCCUUCACCAGGUCCCCCCUCGGCCAUAGCCCUUGCAGCCAAACUUUGCCUUCUGAGCCAUUUGACGUAGAGGAAAAGCCUGCAAGCACAUUUUGUGGAAGAAGGAGUUGGUGGUAUCAGUGUCUGAGGGAAAGGAGAGGGUGGGGAGGCCCACCCAUCCUGAAUGGUGACUGUCCCCAUCCGUCCAUCUGUGCAGAAGGGAGGGAGCUGGCCGUGCCCACAGCAGGGGCGGGAAGGGGGGGGCCCAGGCUGCUGAGAACCGAGGUGGGAUCUUGAAGACACUAGCUGGUAGACCGGCCCCUCAAUCCUGUCCUUUGAAGGAUUGUAUAUAUACCUCUUGACCACGUAGGAACCAUGUAGGGGUCUCUAGCUAUUUCUGUGGACGGCAGCCGGAGCAUGUUAGCUUAAGAAAAAAACGUCGUGUGUGGUGCUCUAGUCAUCUUGUGGUGGACAUGUCGCUAUUACUGAAUCCGCACCAAAUAUUUCUCAUUGAGUUUCUUAUUUUGGUGCCUGACCCAACCAACCAACGGCAGCCCCAAUCUUCCCGUCUUUGUGAGAGAAAAAGAAAGAGGAAUCAAAGGUGGAAAAAAAAAAAAAAAGCCAAAUCCUGUUUAGGGUGAAAAAAGUUUAUCUUUUAAACUUUUUUCGCCCAGUUUGGGAGGCAGAAGGCGGGGUUAUCGUAUUGUUUUUGUUUUUUCCUUGGCUUUUGUUUUUCUCAUGUUUACAUUGCACGGAGUGCGGAAAGGGCAUCUGGGGAAGGGAGGAUUAGAACAGGAGCCGACAGGGUCUCACCAGGGCCUCUGAGGAAGGCAGAGCUCCCUCAGGGAAGGGGAAGUUCAUCUAGGGGAGGGCUCCCUGGUCUCAGGGCUCACCUGUUUGGCCCCAGCUAUCCCCAGGCCCUGGUUCCACACUGGUCCAGUGAGGGCUUGGCCUUUAGCUCCAACUGCCCCUGUGUUCCUGGGAGCCCAAGGCCAAUGCUCAUCACACAUCCCUCCUUUAGGCUGUGACCUUGCCUCCCUAUGCAAAAAAUCAACCAGAUGAUGUAGAUAAGAUAGCAUGGGUCACAGACACUUGGCCUUAGCCAAAGUGCUCUCAGUUAGCACUCAAGGCUGAGAUCAAGCACUGUGGUUCUUGGGGAGCAACUUGAGCUUCUCUGGGAUGUGUCCAGUCUGAUACAGCCCCUCAGAGUUGAUCCUGGCUCUGCAGCCACAUUAGCUGGGUUGGGGAGGCUGUGUUCCCAGCCUCUAGCUCCUUCUCUGACUCCUUGGGCAAGUCCCUUCCUUUCUCUGUGCCUCAGUUUCCUCUCCUUCGAGUGGGGAGAGAUAACAGUGUAGUCCCCUUUCCAGUCCCUUUACCUCACCUAGACAUUGUGAGGAUUAGACUUUCUGUCCAGCAUGUUCUAUGCUCCCUCCUGGGAAGCUCUUGGGGUUUAGAGGUGAAGGUGCUCUGAGACACAGACCUGGAAGUUCCAAGUGAUGCUCCGUACAGAGUGUCUUUCUGCACCACUCCACAAUUUUCUGAACCCCAAAGAGAGCAGAGAUAUGGUAGGACAGAAGAAUGGAGAUAGUGGAGAUAGGAAAAUCCACCAAAUUUCAACCCCAACCCAACCUUCUUUUAUCCAUAUGUGAAGAACACCAGGUCAGCUGGCCUCCUGCAGUCUUCCUGUGCCCCUCAUAGCCCUCCUCUUCCCCCAUUUGCACUGCUCUCAAAGCCUCCCUAUUCGCCUCACCCCUUAGCCCUGUCUCAAUGCUUUCAUAUCUAUAAGACCAAGAGUGACAGGAUACUUAUUGCAUAUUUUGAGAAUCCCAUACAAAUGAAGGAAAUUUGAGCUUGUAUUGCUGCUACAAACGGUAAAACCAGGAUCAAUGGGUCCAUCUAACAGGGAAGCAGAAAUGGGCUUGAGGUGGAGCCUUCUAAGACAGCUGGCUCGUGGGGGAAUGGCUGCUCCAUCCUGAAGUGGCUCCUGCUAGGAGGUCACUCAAGAAACUUGCCUACUCAGGCUAAAGCCUCUCCUGGCACUAAUAUCAAGGUGUUCUAUAAAACUUUCAUGGAGUGCCUACUGGUGCAGGUGCUAGGGAAGAUAACAGCAAGGAACACAAUGUUCUGCCUUUAGGAACUUAAUCUAGUUGAAGAGACAGACACCCAAUCUAAUAUUCAGGGUUAGCAGCAACAAGCACCACAUCGUUCAGUUCACUGGUUACAGUAUGUUAACAGUGGCUCCAGGGAGAUACCACCAGUGGAGAAAGUAUCCAAGGCAGGAUUUAGGGGAAAACUGGUUAUGAAGAGCCACGAGAAGUUGGAAUUCUGCCCAUGCUCCCUCAUGGCUGGGCCCAAACCAGGAAUUUAUCAGAAGAUGGCUUUGGCCUGGAGGUAGCCUGGGUGAUCUAGAAAGGUCACACCUCUGUUAGUCUUAGUCUUUGGUUCUUUCUUCUGCAGCUGGCCUGAAAGGUGGCAGGUGGAAGGGACAGAGUGGGGAGGCCAGGAUGGACCUAGAACUGAUGUCCUGGGUUCCAGUCUUGGCUCUUCCCUGACUAAGUGUGCAAUGCUAGGAAUCCCCUUUGUCUCUCUGGGCCUCAGUUUCCUCUGUGAUGACCCAAGAGGUAGGUUGGAUGCCUGCCUCAUCUCUGUCCAACACUCACACUUGGUGAUCUUCCCUGGCAUCAGCACAUCUUCUUUAGAGUCUUUAGAGCCAUGUGCCCACCAAGCUGUGGAAAAGGACUUUCUAUAGGUGUGCACAUCUGUUUUGGGGGCUGAGGGUGCACGUGCUGCAUGAGAGGAUGGGACCUGGUCCCCUCCUCCCUCCCAAUUCUCUGCCCCAGGCUUACAUUAGGUACAGGGUGCGGCUCACCCAGAGGGAAGAGGAAGGCUGCUUAAUGUGGGGGUAGAUUCUGCAGUGCCCCUUCCCUUUCCAGUCCCUUGUCCCCUGCAGGUAGGGACAGGAGUUGACAGGCACUCAGAACCCUCCCAGCUCCCACUUCAGCCAGGCAGCCGUUGGGUGGGAAGAGAGGAGCCAGUCUGUGCUUCUGCCCUCUUGAGGCCUCCCUCCACCCCCAACUCCAGGAGGGAGCCUGGGAAGAGGGGAGAAGAGGCAGGAUGGCAGGAUCAGGCCUCAGCAUCUCACAUCCACCACCUCCAGGAGGGGACACCACCUGAAGCCCUCCUCCUGCUCAACUCAAGGGACUCAGACCCUUUCUUGACUGAGACGCAUGAGUGCCUUCUGGGGCAACAGCAGCCCCAGGGUUCACGUUGGGUGUCCUAACCGCAGCAGCAGCCCUGCGUUGCGGAACCACCAAGGAUGCCAAUCAAUCAACCCAAUGCCACAAACCCGGCUGGCACAGGCUAAGGGCAGGCAGGGGCCUCAGCUGCCCCACCUGGCCAGAACCCCCUCCAGCCCCCCUUUUGCCCUUGGCUACCACCAGUGGCAGGACUCAAGCUCCUCUUCUGCAAGUGUUCCCAGCCUCCGUGCAAGUAUUCUUAACUCUGUAUGCCUAAUGAACAAGCACAGUUUUUUCAAUGGUGAAGAAAAAGCACCAGACUUUUUUUUUCCUGAAAAAAAUCCCCUAAGCCCCCCGCCCCCCGCUUUCCGGCGGGACAAACACUCCCCGCGUGGGGCUGUAGCAACGUCUGUCAGGUCCCCUCGUGUCUCAUCUCCUGCGCGCGUAGAGCAAAUGCUAGAGCGAUUUCAGCUGAUAGAAAAACAAAAAUGAAAAAAACACAAAAAACAAAAAACAUGGCACGUUGCUAGUUUACAGGGUUUUGUGAGUUUAAAUGCCUUAUAUUUAACAAUCAUAAUUUAUGACUAACUUGUAGAUAUUGUGGGUUCUUAUUUAAUUAUUUUUAUAGUUGUUUUGCAUUUUUAAUUAUAAUUUAUUUAUUUAGAAAGGAUACUAAUUUUUUUUAUUACUCCUAUUACCUCAUUUUGGCGUUGUUUCUGGGAGUGGAAUGCUUUGCAUGCAUUGGUACGAUGACAAACAACUAUGAAUACAAAAAAAAAUUUAAAUAAAAUUCCGCAAACUUUAUUUCGUCCAAACUAUCAGGGUGUGUGAUUGCAAGCUGUCCUACUGUGGUGCUGGCCUCUUUGGAUACAUUCCAUACGAAAUGCAAACCUUUGAUUCUGUAUGCUGUGAUCUAGUGAAAAACUCCAAUAUAGUGACUGUAUUUAGCACAUAUAUAAAUAUAAUUUGCACUCGUCAGCAGACUGGGGUAAUCCUUUCACUUGCUGCCCUUGGCGUCCCCCCAACCCACCCCUUCCUUAACCUGCUUUUCCUUCUUCCCUCACCCUUCCCACAACCUCAGCCCACCCGGCCGCUGUUCUCUGAGGCACUGGAGUCACUAUCUCCACCCAGGCUCCAGCUCUGGAUGUUCCAGAACUGAAUCCGUUCAGACAUUACCAGCAGGAGCACCUGAAAGCCAAAAAACCCGGCUUAUUAAAAUAAGCCUGGACUGAGGACCCAGGAAGCUUAGAUGUUCAGACCAGCUCUAUUGCAGACUUGUCCAUGACCUUGAGCAAGUAAGACCCCUGGCCUGAGUCUCAGUUUUCUGGGCUGGAAAGAGAGAAGGGAGCUGAGGGAUCUUUGGGGUCUACCUUUGGUUUGGGCAGAAUAUGACACGGAUCCAGUAGGGAAUCACUGUGCUGUGCUAUCUCACCCUCUCAGGAGAGAGGGAAGGAGAAGGGAUGGAAGGAGAAUAGGAAAGAAAAAGAGAAGAACAGAGACAGUGGACAGAGAAUUUAUCCAGCUGACUUGUGCAAGGAGACAUCCAAAAGACUUUCUGUCCUUUUAUUGGCAGCAUCCUAUAGGUGGCAGGGAGGUAAGUUAGGUGGACACAUCCCUGGAUGUGGGAUGUGCCCUUUCAUAAUGUUCGGGCAGUUAUUUGGAACAUGAGCCAAAAUCCAUGUCUUGUUAGAUGUGGGGGUGGGGUAGGCGAAUAGAAGACCCAAACUAUGGUGUUUGGGAUUGGCACCCUGGUCUUAUGGUCUCCAGAAACCUUGUUGUUGAGAUGCCACUCAUUGACAACAGAUCGGGACAUAGAUUUUGGAGUUGUGGUCUCUUUUCUUCAGCACCUCCUUUGCUCCCUGGAGGCUGUGUGCAGGAGAGGCUGCUAUGGAGGGCGUGGGUCUCCUAUCUUGCUGCUCCUAUAGGUGGGGGAGGACUUGGGGCUGUGGUAUCAAAGGCUGGCAUAGUGGUGAGCCCAGCGCCUUUGAGUCAAAAGAGGAGAAAAGGUCUUGCCCCCAAAAGGAGCCUGUGGGUGAUCUGGGGCCUGGCAUGUCUGCCUUCUUCCCACCCCUCCUUCUUGCCUUCCUUCCCUGCUCAUCCUCCCUCUUGCCCUUGGACAUCACUGCCUUUGCCUGGUGGGGAUGAGGCCCCAUGGGGAUGGUGCUGAUGUAGGGGAGGAAGUAGAGAUGCAGAUUCGCCACCCUGCCCCACUAGGCUUGUGUGAGCCACUGGCCUUGUGUGGUCCCUGAGCCCUAACUCUGCUCCUGCCGGGCCAGGGUGCCCCCUCUCGAAUUCCUGCCGGCUGCCUGCCUGACUGCUCCUCUGCCUCUACCCAGGAGCCUUGCAUUCCUUGAAUAUAGCCUGCGGAGUCCCCUGCCACCCUGGUGGGAGCAUGGCCACCACACUGCCAGGCCUGGCAAACACUGCCCCCUCGUCAAGGCUCCUGGAUGGGCAUGCCUUAUGCUGCUCUGCAGGGUCAGAGUGGGAAUGGACCCUUUGCCCUGGCUGGCCUGUGCUCCUGCCUUGAGACCCCUCACCCCUGCCCCCACUCCUUCUCCCAGCCUCACCCCUGGCCUUGGAUGCGGCUCAUUUCCCAGCUCUGGGGCCCCUGAACCAGGCCCUUGAGGGGGUAAUUUUGUUGCCCCUGGUAAGUGAAAGGAUUAUCCUCGGUGUUGAUUGUCCUUUUUUGUAAUCCUCCUGCUGUUCUGUUCUGUUGUGCUGUGCAACAUUUUGCUACAUAGACUAUUUUAUAGCAGAAAGCUAGAAGAAUAUUUAUUAUGAAUAUUAAAGCAAUAGUGCAUCAAUGAAAAGGCGGAGACAUUAGGAAUUGUGUAAAUGCUUAGAUUCACUUUUGGUGGAUUUUUUGUACUUUAUUUAUAACUAAUAAAAAUGAACUGCAUUGCUAACUA